CACGUCCGACUUAGAAUCACUACUGACUUUAAAUGGCCUGACCCCAGAUUUUGUCUCUUGUCUUCCAGUGUACUGCCUCCCGUCUUUCCGAUUUGCUAUGGCCAUCAUGAAGCCGAGUAGCGUGGAUUUGUCUCUCGAUCAAGGUAUCUAGGUAAUCUGCCUGCAUGAUGACCGGUGUUCGACGACUGCGUGCCAACUGAGCCUGCCAUUGCACCAGCGGGCGUGCAGUCGCCGUUCUGAGAUCAUACGGUUGAACUUGAUCUGGAUAAUUCCAGCGAAAGAACUCAUGCGCGCGACCCCUUACUUAUUAUCGCGAACCAAAUGCUAAUCAAUCCAUCUAGCAUGGCCUCCGGCGCCGCAACGUCUACGAUAGGGGAAGCCACGAAGGAGAUUCGCUUAACACUCUUUGACGAACCCCAUCACCAUGAAGAGGGAGUCGAAUCUCGCAGGGCAAUAGGAGGUACAUCCUCUUCUCAACGGCUCACCUAUCACCUUAAGAAAGUCGAGAACCGGCUUGUUCAGUACAGUCUGGAGGCCCGCGGCAUAGAACGAGUGCAAGAAGACGAACGCAUCCCGCAUAUAUCUUGGGUUUCGUACUUGCAGGUUUUCCUGCUGUGGAUGUCGGUUAAUCUGGCAGCGAACAACAUCACUCUUGGGAUGUUGGGCCCCGCCGUAUUUGGCCUCAGCUACCUGGACUCUGCCCUUUGCGCAGUAUUUGGGGCUCUCUUGGGCUCCAUAUCUUCCUCGUGGAUGGCUACAUGGGGACCCAUCUCCGGUAUACGUACUAUGGCAUUUGGACGCUAUACUAUGGGAUGGUGGCCUAGCAAACUCGUCGUGAUAUUAAACCUCAUUCAGAUGAUCGGAUAUUGUCUGAUCAACUGUGUCGUCUGCGGGCAGAUUCUCUCUGCAGUAUCGCCGAAUGGAAGUCUAUCUGUGGCUGUGGGUAUUGUGAUUAUUGCAGUCAUCAGCUGGAUGAUUGCCACGUUCGGAAUAAGGGUCUUCCAUUAUUAUGAACGUUUUGCCUUCCUACCCCAGAUUAUCGUCAUCAGUAUUCUGUUCGGCGUUUCGUCUUCAAAGGUCGACCUAUCUACACCAUCUCAGGGAGACACUCGCACAGUGAUAGGAAAUCGCAUCUCAUUCUUCUCGCUCUGUGUCAGCGCCGCAAUUACCUAUACCCCAUUAGCGGCCGAUUUCUUCGUCUACUAUCCGGUGCGCACAUCGAAACUCAAACUCUUCUCCCUUUCCAUUCUCGGCCUCCUUGUCUCGUUCACCCUCGCCUUCCUUUGCGGUAUCGGCCUCGCUUCCAGCAUAAACAUUCAUCCUGAGUACGCAGCGGCCUACAAUAAUGGGCAGGGCGCACUUAUAGUCCAAGGCUUCAGCUCUCUCCACACUUUUGGCAACUUUUGCUCCGUCAUAGUCGCCCUUGGCCUAAUUGCCAACACGAUUGCACCGACCUACUCUGCAGGGGUCGACUUCCAGACGCUCGGCCGGUACGCCGAGAAGGUGCCGCGCGCUAUUUGGAACACCUUUGGCGUUGUGAUUUACACCGUCUGUGCCCUUGCUGGCCGAAGCCAUCUCGCUGACAUCUUCACCAACUUCCUAGCUCUUAUGGGCUACUUUGUUGCUAUCUGGGUCGCCAUCGUCCUCGAAGAAUGUUUCAUCUUCCGUCGCCGAGAUAAUGAAAAUGGCUAUGGUUACUAUAAUUGGCUCGUUUGGAAUGACCCUUCCAAGCAUCCUGUUGGCAUUGCCGCGCUGAUUGCAUUCUUGACGGGUUGGGCUGGCGCUAUUCUCUGCAUGGCGCAGGUCUGGUAUAUCGGGCCGCUGGCAAACUUGGUUGGAGAAUAUGGUGCUGAUAUGGGGAACUACGUGGGUUUUUCGUGGGCUGCUAUUGUCUACCCGCCUCUUCGCUAUCUAGAACGAAGGCAGUUUGGUCGGUAGAUAUAUGUAUCUGCCCGUCUGUGCUAAGGAGUCACUUUCAAUACACCGAUUCAGUAUCUAGCCCGCAUGGCUGGGCGCUGUAUAUUGAUCGGACAGUAUCCCUUUAAUAUAGGACGAAAGCACUUGGAGGAAAGGAACGGGUACAGCAUUUGAAGGAAGCCACUCAGGUUUCAAGGUUACUAGCUGUCACUGUCCUUUUUUAUUACUACGCGUCAACAGUCGUCCUCUCAGUACCUAAAAAUAUCACCCGCGCAGAAAAUUGCACAUGAUACAGGAUGUUUAGAGCUU